CAAAUACAGUACACACAUUAAGGAGGGUUCAAUGUUUUUAAAAGUGCUUUUCUCUACGCUGAUAAAGACUGUGGAAGGACACUUGGCACCCAACGUUGAAAGCCGACUCAGAGACUGAUUCCAUUCCAAGCCAUGCUGUGUGAAGGCAGAUUGUUGAGUAUGACCUAUGGAGGGUUGGAGGAUGUGGAUCCCCUCCCUCCUCAGAGAGCUCCCCAGAGUGCUUAUGGGCUGCCUAGAGCAGCUGCUACCCUGGUGCCAGCCUCCAUCAGACACACUCCACUCGUUCAUCAUAAUUCCCCCGAGCUGACAGGUCGUACUGACAACACAAGAGAUUCAGUGGAGUUGUACAUUUCCCCGCUGCAGUCCUUGGAUCUCCACAGACAGAUCUCUCCGGAGAUAGAGAUCCCAGCUCAGGCUCACUCGGUUGGUGAUGCCCCUUUCUUGGUCCCCUCCUUCUGUCAGAGCAUCUGCCAAAAUUACAGCGACCUCCAUAUUGCAGGCGACCAGGUGCUGCCUCUCUCAACUAAUGAUGGUGAGCUCCGCCUCUGCACUGACGCCAAGGCUGUCGGCCCUUUCCUGCAGUCCUGUGACGUACCUCCGGCUGUGGAGGACUCUCUCCCGGGACGGACGUCUCAGGGUGGACUUCAGCAUCCGCUGAGAGCGGGUUCAAAUCGCUGGAGAAUGGGGAGUGCCCGUGAUCGGAGCUUUCUGUUCCAGGGGCGUGAAGGUCCAUUCUCCAACUCUCUUCUAAAUCACUAUCUGGAGCAAAAACUCAUGGAUUUGUACCAGCAAUACAUGAUGGAGAACAUGGCCAGGGAAGGAGCGCCUGGCUCAGACUCAAUGUGCCCUCUGCUGGGCUCAGAGCUGGUCCUGACCAGCCUCGACCAGAUCACUUUGCAGCUGAGUCGAGAAGGAAACCUGGAGGCCGGCCUGGCCAAGGACAUGGUCCUCAGCUGCCUGCUGCGUGUGGCUGGUGACAUGCAGUCAAGUGAGAUCAGCACUCCCUUUCUGCAGAUAUCAAAUGAAUCCUCCAGAGAUCAGCUCACAGAGAAUAAAGAGGGGUAACCCCGGUG